AUGGCGAUCGAGAGUUGUUCCAUGUUCGACGAGAGAUUUUUAGAAAUGAUGAAUGAAAUCCGAGUGAUUGGAUAUGAAUGUGACGAUGAUAAAGAUGAAGACGUUUAUCGAGUCCAAGAUCAAGCUGAURGUUGUAAAGAUAAAAGUGGUGUAUCMUGUCAAGCAUGUAAAGUGCUUGYAUUUGAUUCUGUGAAAGCACAGAGGGAUCAUUUUAAGCUAGACUGGCACAGGUUUAAUGUGAAACAAAAGUUAAUGGGGAAACCCACUGUCUCAGAAGAGAACUUUGAGGAAACUAUUUCAGGAGAACUUUCCAGUAUAUCCGGGUCAGACACAGAAACAGAAAGUGAUGAUGACAAUGACUUAAAGAUGAAAGGACCUACACAAACUCUCCCAGAAAAUCCAUUGGAAAWUGAUGAAGACAAAGAUAGAAGAGUAAAACAUGACCGUAGCCAUCCAAAAUUAUUUCUCAGUAACAAUAAAAAAUGUGUCUUUUCGACAUAUAGAGCUGUUGUAUUUUCCCCUAAGAAUAUUCCUGAUCAAGAAACAACGUUAAUAAAUAGAUUAUCAAAUUUGACCAAAGAAUCRUCGUGGGUAAUAUUGAUGACUGCUGGUGGUCACUUUGCUGCAGCAGUUUUUGAUGGAGAUUUGGUUGUGGCUCACAAAACAUUUCAUAGAUACACAGUAAGAGCAAAAAGAGGAACCGCUCAAGGAAUAAGGGAUAGUCAACAAGSUAGACAGCCAAAGUCUGCAGGAGCUAGUCUACGAAGAUACAAUGAAGCAGCAUUGAUACAGGAAGUACAUGACCUCCUUGAAGCUUGGUCUGAGUACCUGGAAAAGUGUCACAAGAUAUUCAUCAGGGUUCAAACUUACAACAAACCAAUGUUCUUUGGUGGGAAAAAGCCACCUUUGGAUAAGAAUGACUCAAGAAUAAGGACAAUACCAUUUGCUACAAGGCGACCAACCUUUAAAGAAGUCCAACGAGUCCACCAGGAGCUAGCAAAAAUGGAAAUCAUUGGACACGAGAGUGAAGUUCUAAAUGGCGUGUUAAGUCAGCUGUCGUCAAGUCCAAAGAAGAGCCAAACGAAGACUCCGGYUACAGACCCUCAAAUAGAUGACAGUAUAGCUCACAAGAUUACAGAUGAGAAUGAACUUGAUUGUCAGGAAAAUGACAGCAUCAUUGCUGAUGGUCCAAGYGAGCCUGUACAAGAUGCCAUCAGAAACAAGAAAAACAAGAAAAAGAAAAGCAAUUCUAGGAUAGCUGAUGGUAAUGGUAAGGAGAAGAUGUCGAAAAUAACUGGAGGUCCGGAUAGAGAUGUUGUUCUUCCAGGCCAUCACGUUUGGAAUCGUCUUUACUGCGCCAUUGUCUCAGAAAACRUGAAGGUUAUAGCAGAACUGUUACCAAACAACAAAAUAGAGAAAGACAAUACCAGAACAUUGAAGCAGCCCACUGAAGACACAGGAACCAACGAAGGCUGGCAGCAUAAUGAUAAAAAGUUGGACGAAAUAGAAAAGGUUACACACUCUAUUCAAGAUGUCAAAUUAAUCCAUGGAUCARGGAAUUCAGAAGAACAAAAAGUUGAUGCUCAUGAGGUGCUAAAUGAACGAUGGGGCGAAGAAGGAAGUACUCUUCUUCAUGUUGCCGCCAAAUCAACACAGACACAGAUUAUUAACAUUCUGAUGCGGAAUGGAGCUGAUCCUGGUGUUAAAGACGACCGAGGAAGGACUGCAUACGAUAGAGCCAAAAGCAAAGAGGCCAGAGACGAAUUUCGACGAUUUAUGGCAGAUUUUCCAGAUGCAUUUGACUACACAAACUCACACAUCCCAAGUCCAUUAACACMAGAGAUGAAAGAAGAGAAGGAGAGAAAAGAAGCAGAGAAAAAGAAAGCUCAAAAGAAAGCUAAAAAGCAAAGAAUUAAGGAACAGAAAGCAGCGGAACAAAAGAAACAAGAGGAAGAAGAAGAAAGAAAGAAAAAUGAAGUGAUGAGUGAGAGGGAAAAGAGAGCUCUGGCUGCGGAACGAAGAUUUGCCAAACAACGAUUAAAAACGAGCGGAGGCUCAUCGGGAAGCUGUGCAAUGUGUUCACAAGAUCUUACAGGGCGUGUACCUUUCGAACGACUCGACUUCAAGUACUGCAGCACCGCGUGUGUGAGGAAACACAGACUGAUCUUGGAGAAUAAAGACAGAUGACGAUGGUACGCCCUCAAAUAUUCAUGAUAGCAAUGGUCUGGCAAAACGAACCUCAAUAUACUGAUAYAAUUACCGAGUGAAUUAGAAGCUGUUUAUAUGACGGUAGGGUGACACUGGUGUUAGCGACAAGUCUUUUUUUUCCCUUUUCCAAAGGGACCUCURAAGCAAGACUUAGGUUUCAGCUUACCUCAUGUUGAUACAAGGAAACUAUUGAUAAUAUCAGAGUCUCCUGGUAACAUCAACAAACUUUUUUAUACUAGGGCGUAGACUUUAUCUAGGACGGGUCAUGUUUUUUGGAAUAAGAUCCUUUAUGGAACUUUCUCACGCAGCAGCCAUAUUGGCUUGAACGAUAGAUUUUCCCWUGUAGCCUCGCAUUCAAGCGAACCAGAAUGAGGUUACACGGGUUAGGGGACGAGCAAGGCACUAAAUUGAAAAUAAUACUCAAGGGAAUGACAUGACAUCUUGAAUGAGGUUACGCGGGUUUAGGGGACGAGCAUGGCGCCUUGUGAUCAAGGUACUAAAUUGAAAAUAAUACUCAAAGGAAUGACAUGACGUCUUGAAUGAGCACGCGUUAUACCCAAGCUGAAUUAUAUGUACGUCCAAAUUAAAGCAAGACGAAGAA